AUGCCACCAACCCAACCCCCCGAACAUUUCCACGGCUACCUCUCCCACUCCCCCACCACGCCCCUAACCUACGCCCGCUACACCCCCAAACCCUUCACUCCCCACGACAUCGAAAUCAGCAUAACCCACUGCGGCAUCUGCGGUACCGACCUCCACACCCUCCGCUCAGGCUGGGGUCCCAACACAACAACCUACCCCUGCAUCGUGGGCCACGAAAUCAUCGGCAUCGUGACACGAAUCGGCUCCUCCAUCCCCACCUCCCCAGCUUACCCCAACACCACACCACUCCAGAUCGGAGACCGAGUCGGCAUCGGCGCCCAAACCCUCUCCUGCCUACAACCAUCCUGUGAGGAGUGCGUCGCCGGAAAGGAGAACUAUUGUCCGCGCAUCACGGGCACGUAUAACAGCCGGUACUGGGACAACGAGACGGGCAAGAGAAGCGAUGUUAUAGCGUAUGGAGGAUUCGCGCGAAAGUGGCGCGGGCCUGCGGCAUUCGCGUUCAGGAUUCCGGAGGGAUUGAAGAGUGAGGUUGCGGCGCCGUUGUUGUGUGCGGGGACGACGGUGUUUGCGCCGUUGAGGAAGUAUCUGGAUGGGAAUGGGAAGGGGAAGACGGUAGCGGUGGUGGGGAUAGGCGGGCUGGGGCAUUUGGGGAUUAUGUUUGCGAAGGCGCUGGGCUGUGAGAGAGUCAUUGGGAUAUCGAGGAGUAAUAUGAAGAGAGAGGAUGCUGUGAAAGGGUUAGGGGCUGAUGGGUUUAUUGCGACUGGGGAGGAGAAAGGGUGGGAGAAGAAGUGGAGUCGAUCGGUGGAUUUGAUUCUUUGUACGGUGGAUGGGGAUGAUAUGCCGUUGGGGAAGUAUUUGAGGUUGUUGAAGGCCGGGGGCACGUUUGUGUUGGUGGGGGCGCCGGAGAAGCCGUUGCCCAGGAUGAGGGCGUUCGAGUUGAUUGGGAAGGGGGUUAAUGUGACGGGGUCGAAUAUUGGGAGUCGUGAGGAUAUUAGGUGUAUGUUGGAGGUUGCGGCGGAGAAGGGGGUCGUGCCGUGGGUGGAGACGAGGAGGAUGGAAGAGGUGAAUGAGGCGUUGAGGGAUAUGGAGGAAGGGAGGGCGAGGUUUAGGUAUGUUUUGGUGAAUGGGGAGGAGAGGGAGAGUCGGUUGUAG